AUGUCUCAUGUGGUGGGUGUAGCAGAAAGUUGGACAAACGUGGGACAGCUCUACGCAGCAACAAAUGUGUUACACCAAAUGCAACUGGCAUUCUCAGGUAUAAUAAUCGCAUGGUACCGUGUUGAACUUGAUGUCCAUGAUGGUCACUACCCAGCCACAUUUGUCGUAUUUGACAGCGAAAUGACUAAGCUUACGAACAAAAAUGCGGCCACUCUCACACUUGAGCAGGGUCCUGACACUAAUGGUACUGAAUUACCAACCUGUCUUCAAGCCCUCGCUGGGAAGCAAUUUGUUUUCCAGAUACGAGUCACACCAUUCAACUUCACUCUCAACCAUCGAACUUUCACUGUGUCAAGAAUUACAGAAGAUACCACAAUUGGAGCUGACUCAGAGGAUGAAGGGAACUCUCCAACCCCCACAACCGAGAACAAUACGGAUGUGCCAACAACUUCGCAGGCUGUCGUGGUUGACACGCCUCACCUGGACAUGAAUUUGGACCCAGCACCAAGCUCCGGCGUGGGGAACCUGUGUCAGAAAGACAAGAAUCGUAAACGCCCCCGUGAGUAG